UGUGCUUCCUGUAUGGGGCGGGGAGCCACUGUGCAAGGGCCUGGACCUUGUCCAGUGUCCCCUUUCCAGCCAGACGGUGGCUUUGGUUUUUAGUGGCUGCAGAGCAGAUGCUGCAUCCCUUUGCUUUUGUACAAAAGAAAUAUUCGCUUUGAAGAAUCACCCCUGGAAGCUGUACUCCAUAGACAAUAAGCACACUUUCAAGUAAAGAUGCUUUGUGAGCAGAUGCUAGAGAAGCAAUUAUAAUGGCCAGGAGUUUCAAAUCCACGAUGGCCCUCCCUCCUCCAGAUCCACAGUACAUUCUACGGGGAGCAAAUGAUGCAGUCAAUACAUUGUGCUUUCACUGCAGAGAUCCAGAGCCGGAAUUCCCCAUGCUUUUCUCCGGAUCUGCUAAUGGGCUGAUCCAUAUCUGGAAUUUGAAGACACGCAGAGUAGAUAGAACGUUGGAUGGACAUGGUGGAAAAUCAGUCUACUGGGUGAAAACGUUCCCCAACAGAAGAGAGGCAAUUCUUAGCCAGGGCCGAGACCAACAUGUCUGCUUGUGGGACUUAGCUGAAGGAAGGAACUCUGUAACGGACUCGCUUUGCACCGGGAACGUCGGCUUCUGCAAGGGAUCACUCUUGGAGGUGGCCGAGGGACGGUGGCUGCUGGCCACCGCAUGGAAGAACCUGGAAGAGGUUUGGGUUUUGGAGCUGCCGUCCAAGCUGUCAGUCUGUACCUUGAAGCCAGAAGCUGAUGCCAAACUGGGUAUGCCCAUGUGCCUGAAAAUGUGGCAGCCCAGCAGCGGUUCCUCGCCUCUCCUCCUGGUGGGCUACGAGGAUGGUUCAGUGGUCCUAUGGAAUUUGUCGACGGGGAGCACUCUGAGUCGGCUCGCAUGUCAUCAGGAGCCCAUCAUGGGCCUUGACUUUGACGCAGAGAAGGCCAAGGGGGUCUCGGGCUCGUCUGAGAAGAUACUUUGUGUCUGGAGCCUCGACGAGCAGCAGAACCUCGAGCUUCAGCAAACACACCAACUCACCAAUCCUGGAAUUGCUGAGACGGCCCUCCGGCCCGACAAGAAGAUCUUGGCAACAGCUGGCUGGGACCAUCGUAUCCGCCUCUUUGGCUGGAAAAAACUCAAGCCCUUGGCCGUCCUGGACUACCACACGGCCGCCAUCCACUGUGUUGCCUUCUCAGACCAUGCCCAGCCUAGUGAGAGACUGUUGGCAGCGGGCUCAAAAGACCACCGCAUCAGUCUCUGGUCAAUAUAUAGCCAGGCGUGAAAAGGAGUUGGAAAGGCAAGCGGCCUGAGACACACCAAAGUUUGCAGUUUAGGACUGAAAGACAAGGCCAAGGUGAGGGGAAAGCAGCCACAUGGAGACAACUGCUCUGGCGCUUGGAAAAAUCUUGAGCUGAAAAGGGAGUAUUAGUUCCAAGACAAGCAGCAGAGUCGCUGGAGUUCAGUUCCAGUCAAUUUUAGUUUCUCUGAGCUUUUCAUCGUUCCAGACUUUAAGUCCAGCUGCUCUUGAAAUCUGCAAGUUUUCCUUUACCAGUUUUAAGUUCAGUUCAAGCCAAACUCUGAGAUUUGUUCGAAGCUUAUAUGAAACUUUACAAGCAUUCUUGUCUGCGAUGCUUUUAAGACAUAUGGAGAAGGGGAGAACUUGCAGGCGACCUUGGGUUCCUCGCAUUUGGAUGCUGUGGGUGCUUUUUUCCUCCCCUUAAAUUGCCGCCAAUGCUAAUACAUUUUCCAGUGCUAUUUCCCCCAAUAAGUGCAUUUUCCCCUGCA